UCAGCUGAUUCGGGAGCCUCUCGCUGAGUGACGGUUAGCGGCGGCUGUUGCAGCAGUAACGGUAGCGGCGGUGGUCUGGCGGGGCGGAAGGCAGGGUCUCGGCCCGGGAAAGGCGCUAUGGCGACCACCGUCACUACUCAGCGGGGCCCGGUAUACGUUGGUGAACUUCCUCAAGAUUUUCUUCGCAUUACCCCAACCCAACAGCAACAGCAAAUCCAGCUGGAUGCCCAAGCAGCUCAGCAGCUACAGUAUGGAGGACCAAUGGGUACGGUGGGCAGACUCAGCAUUACUGUAGUACAGGCAAAAUUAGCAAAGAACUAUGGAAUGACCCGCAUGGAUCCAUAUUGUCGAAUACGGCUGGGAUAUGCUGUGUAUGAAACUCCAACAGCACAUAACGGAGCCAAGAACCCCCGCUGGAACAAAGUUAUUCAGUGCACUGUUCCACCGGGUGUGGACUCUUUUUAUCUAGAGAUAUUUGAUGAGCGGGCCUUUUCAAUGGAUGACCGCAUUGCUUGGACACACAUUACAAUUCCUGAGUCUCUGAAACAAGGAAAUGUGGAGGAUGAAUGGUAUAGCCUGAGUGGGAGGCAGGGUGAUGACAAGGAAGGAAUGAUUAAUCUGGUUAUGUCGUACACGUCUUUGCCAGCUGCCAUGAUGAUGCAGCCCCAGCCAGUGGUCCUGAUGCCCACUGUAUAUCAGCAAGGAGUUGGAUAUGUGCCUAUAGCAGGGAUGCCUGCGGUCUGUAAUCCAGGUAUGGUACCAGUGGCAAUACCACCUCCUGCGGUCAACCCUCAGCACCUGUGUAAUGAAGAGGACCUGAAAUCUAUCCAGGACAUGUUUCCCAACAUGGACAGGGAAGUAAUCCGCUCAGUGCUGGAAGCUCAGAGAGGGAACAAGGAUGCAGCUAUCAACUCCUUGCUUCAAAUGGCUGAAGAAUCAUAGAUCCCCACUUCCUGCAUAGUCCCCAUCCUUGACGCCACUUAUUUUUACUUGCCAAGCCAGGGAUUUAGCUAGAGGAAGAAUUUCCGAACAGCUUUCUGUUAGUGCAUCCUGUGUGAAAGAUUAUACCCCUUUUCUCCUUGGACAUUUGGAUCUUUUUCACUUUCUUUCUCAGUCUGUACAUACUCAGUUUAGCUUAUGUCCUACAAUAUAUCAUUGAAGCAUCUUUACUAUCAGCUGUGCCCUGUGUGGCUAUAUUCUGAUGGGGUGGCGAGUAAUGCUGCUUUUUU